GUAUCACCAGCACACCACGAGCAACCUGGAGCAGCAUCCCUGGAGGCUGGAGCACGGGCCGCAGCAGGGUGCUGCUUGGGGCGAACACAUGUUGAACGCAUGUUGAAGGAGCCGCAGGUUCUGCCAAGGAGGAGGAAGCACUUAGCUGGAUUGCGGGGAAGCAGUGGCACCAACAGCACUGCUGCUUAUUCCACAUG